AUGCUGUCUCAGCCCGGCUCGCAGACGCAGCAGUGGCACUCGGAUGGAGAUCACUUGAGCGAGCACGAGCACCUUCCCCCGUACGCCGUCAACAUCUUCGUCCCUCUGGUGGACAUGAACUCAGCGCUCGGGCCCACCGAGUUCGUGCCGACGACCCACCUGCUGUUCAACUACGAGCCGAUCACUAGCAUCACCCCCAUCACCAUCUGCACCCCAGCAGGAGAGUGCCUCUUCUUCGACUACAGGAUCAAGCACAGAGGCCUCGGCAACCGAGGUCACUACGCGCGCCCCAUGCUCUACAUCACCUACGGGACCAAGGCAUGGGCGGACAAGGCAAACUUCAGCAAGAAACGCUACGCCAAGCUCCCUCCCCUCCUCAAUCAAAGGCCUCCCCGCAGCCAGCUGCCCGUGGACAGGGAGGACCGCAUGAAGUUGCUAGAGGCCACAACAAGCCCGGACAAGAAGGGGGGAAAGAAGCGGACGAUGAAGGCUGACGGGGAGGAGGGAGAGAAACCCCAAGAGGAGUCUAAGGAUGGAGACUCUCAGAAGGCAGCUGAGAAACCCCAAGAGGAGGGUAACGAGGGAGACAAGGCAGCUGCUCCCCCCAAGGACAGCCAGAGGUCGGCAAAGCGACAGGCUAAGAGCACAGUGACCAAGAUGAAGAGCGAGCCCAACAAUGCCUGAGGAUCGACAAUGAUGACCUUCGAGUCGCCUCCUCAUCAAACAGAGUGACAGUGACGUCUGAUCACCCGGGCUAUCACCGGGUUAUUGCAAGACUCUCAGUGUUCCGAAUUCAAUUAGUAUCAUCAGACCAGUAAACAACCAUGUACAUC